AUGGAUCACGAUUCUGAAGAAGUUGGCAGUGACCAAAAGAAACCCGGUGAAGAGAAUGCUGAAUCCACUGCUGCUCCAUCCGGCGAAUCCACUAGCCCUGGUGAUUGGUCGACGGCAACUACUACCUUUGAUGCCCCACUCGAGGGGGAUUGGGGCUGGGAGGGCGAGUGGGAUUCGGAUGAUUGGUGGUGGUAUAGCAUGCAGUUUGCCGAGUACAUGAUGGGUCAGGAGGAUCUGGAAUAUCCCGAAAGUGAAACCCAUGACAUGCCAGGUGACCAUCACAUGCCAGAUUACGAUUGGUUUCCAGGUGUCGAUUUUGCCGAACUUGAAAAGAAAGGUGCCAUUGUCCACUCAGAGUCUGCGGGUUCCGCUGGAGAUGAAGAGGUGUGCGGGCCGGCUGGGCUUUUCUACCACCCAGUGACUGAAGAGAAUUUGGAGUUGUGGCCUUCCAAAGGGUGCACAGUCAACCAAUCGGGGGGUUGGACAGCUCACUAUGUGGACCAUAGCGGUGGGGAAUAUACUUUGACCUAUGUUGACCAUGGGGUGGUAGCCGACACCAAGCAAACCACCCCUACACAAAAACCGGAGGCCCCCCAGAAGAUCAACUUCACACCAGUGAACCAUGAAGGGGCUGGGGCGUUUGUUGAGAAGGCAUGGCCAUCUGGGUCUGCUCCCAAGACUUCAGGCUUGCCCCGCGAAGACCCACCCAAACCAGUUGAAAGUGCCGGUGCUGAUGGUUCAAAAUCCCGUCCUGGUUGUUGGAGCAAAAAAGCCAUUUUGGCAGCUGAGUUGCGAUGUGCUUUGGGAAACAAACCUGUGGGGAUUAAGGAGGAAGCCUUAGAUCCCAAGAUCUUGCAAGGCAUGACCCUUACGGAGCACAUCCACCAUUGCAAGUUCUACCGCUCACCAGAAGAUUUCAGGAGAAAGGUUCCCGAUUCCAUUUCUCAGGAUUUGUGGCAGGAACUUGUCGAGGUUUUCAUUGGCUACCACGCCUACAACUCCGAGGACCCCGAGGACCACCUUUGGACACUCCGACGGAUGUAUGCACGAGAGUUCCUAGACCAACACGGGCUUAUGGGAGUGGGCCAGUGGAAGAAGGAGCAGCACUGGAACAAGUCUUUCAAGACUUGGGUUGAGUCUUGGGUGUUGGACGUUCCCUUGGCAAUCACAGUGGGGGAUCUCCCUAUGGAGACCGCACGAAAGGAAGAAGCCUUUGACCAGGAAUUGGAGCGGGACAUCGAAGAAGUUGCCAAGAUCCUUGACAAACCCGAGAUUGAGCCAGUGCCCGGAAAGGCCCUUGACAACACGCCCGAGAUUGAGCCAGUGCCCGAAGAGGUCCCUGACGACAAACCCGAGAUGACUGCAGAGGUUGACCCUGGAGCUGGAGCAAAGCCCAAAGAAACCAAGGCCAAGGGAAAGGCGAAGGCGGCGUCUAAGAAGCCCAAGGACACUUCCCAGGUGAAGGUUACGUCCAAGACAGACUCUGAUGAAUACCAGAAAGCCUACUCGGAUGCGAGGAAGAACUUCAUGGAUGGGUGGGCUGCCAGCGCAGACAAGAAGGCUGUGGUCGAUUCCAUGCCAGAGAGCGAGGCCAAACGGCGCUUUGGGGACGUGGCGCCUGAUCAAGCGCUAUCAUUUCUUGAGGCGAACACGUCCUUCAUGAUGGAGCACUGGCAGUUGGUCUGCAAUCGAGGUCAUCUACUCCAGAAAGUUAGACAUCACCACUUGCUUCGGCUUUCUUGUAAUGCUGUACCAAGCGAGGCGCCUCCAGGCACAUGGAUGUGCCUGGUCGGGUCCGAGAUGCGUAAGCACAUCGAUGAUUUGGCUUUUGGCCAACAUGCUCUCCAACCUGACGAAGGGCUGCAAAUGGCUGACUCCGGAAGUGAGUGUGAUUCAGACUCCGGUCUUGAAGGGGUCGCUUUCUAG